UUCACUCCCAGCGCCGUCUGACAGUCUCUCUCACACGAGGAGAGGCCCCGGGCACUUCGCACAGCCGCUCACGAGAGCACGCUUUGGAUUGUUUUCUCGUUUCGCUGAGAGGCCAGUGGCCGUUUGGAAAAACCAUGAAAAUGUCCGCGACUGAGGUGGCGCGAGUCCUGAAGGAGGGCGAGCUGGAGAAGAGGAGCGACAACCUGCUGCAGUUCUGGAAGAGGAAGACGUGCGUGCUGACCACGGACAGUCUCAACAUCUACGCCGACCAGCAGAAGAAGAACAAAAGCAAAGAGCUGAAGCUGCAGUCCAUCAAGAAGGUGGACUGUGUGGAGCGAACCGGCAAGUUCGUCUACUUCACCAUCGUGACCACAGACAACAAGGAGAUCGACUUCCGGUGCUCAGGAGAGGAAAACUGCUGGAACGCGGUGAUCACCAUGGCCCUCAUCGACUUUCAGAACAGAAAGGCCAUCCAGGACUUUAAAACCAGGCAGGACACGGAGACCACGACGCAGCAGGACAUACGAAUGGCCAGAGCUCCCUGAUUAAACUCCUGAUUCUCCGCACAGCACGAGAUGUUGAGAAAUGGAGCCAGAAGAAAGCAUGGACCAAAGUGGAGGCUUUUCUCAUUCAUUGUCUACAUGUCUGAGAAGAAGGCAUGGCUGAAAAGAGAGAGGAACCCUGGAGGAGCUGCUCCCCGCCGCCUUUUCUCUUCUUCUUUUUUUUUGGAAGACACACAAAGAAUUUCAACAGGCAAAAGAGACACUCGAGACUGAAUCCUUGAACUUUCAAAGCGUGUCGACAUGAGGGACUCUCACCCUUGACGUCUGUGUAAAUUUGUUUAUUUAUUUGUUAUAAGAAAUGUUGCAUUAUAUGCAAACCGUUUUGUGUGUAAACGUCAUUAAGUUAUUAUACAUGUGCUAUUUCACUAUGUAUUUAUUUAAAUAAAUUUUCAACAAAAUGAACA